CAUCCAUCUAUCAUCUUCCACAGCAACCAGAGAGAAACUCAGCAGAAACCCAAAUGGCCUUAACACUACGUUCUUCAAAUUCCUCCUUUUCCCAAAUAGAAGCCAAACUUCCCAAACCCUCGGACGAUUGCUUCUCCUCCACAGUCUGCUUUCCUAGAAUCAAACCAUCAUCAUCAUUCCCUCUUAGAGCAAUAAAGAGCAGGAUGCUGCAACAAGAACCACAUGUCAUGGUCGCCACCGCCGGCGGCAGCACGGAGGAGCUGCUGCAUCCGCCAUUGGUGGCUCCUCAUAAGCACGACGAUUCAAUGAGAGUACCAGUGUUUGUGAUGCUGCCAUUAGACACGGUGACGAUGGGAGGGACUCUGAACAAAGCAAGAGCCAUGAAUGCGAGUCUGAUGGCUCUGAAGAAUGCAGGAGUAGAAGGAGUCAUGGUGGACGCUUGGUGGGGUCUGGUAGAAAAAGAUGGUCCUCUCAACUAUAACUGGGAAGCCUACGCUGAACUUGUUCACAUGGUUCAAAAGCAUGGCUUAAAGCUUCAAGUCGUCAUGUCCUUCCAUCAGUGUGGAGGAAAUGUCGGCGACUCCUGCAGUAUUCCUCUGCCUCCAUGGGUGCUUGAAGAAAUAAGCAAGAACCCUGACCUGGUUUAUACAGACAGAUCUGGGAGGAGAAAUCCUGAGUAUAUAUCUUUGGGGUGUGAUUUGAUUCCUGUUCUGAGAGGAAGGACGCCUCUUCAGGUGUACUCUGACUUUAUGACUAGUUUUCGUGACAGGUUCAGAGAUUACCUGGGCAAUGUUAUCCAAGAAAUUCAAGUGGGAAUGGGCCCUUGUGGAGAACUCAGAUAUCCAUCUUAUCCAGAAGCCAAUGGAACUUGGAGGUUUCCUGGGAUUGGUGAAUUUCAGUGCUACGACAAGUAUAUGAGGGCUUCGUUGGAGGCAGCGGCAGAGUCGAUAGGGAACAAGGAUUGGGGAAGAAGUGGGCCACAUGAUUCCGGCCAAUACAAUCAAUUUCCGGAAGAUACUGGAUUCUUCAGACGAGAAGGAACGUGGAACUCCGAUUAUGGAAGCUUCUUCCUCACCUGGUACUCCAACAAACUGAUCGAGCACGGCGACAGGAUCCUCGAAUCCGCCGCCCGGAUAUUCAAUUCCACCGGAGCAAAACUCUCCGGCAAAAUCGCCGGCAUCCAUUGGCAUUAUACGACGAGAUCGCACGCCGCCGAGCUAACCGCCGGCUACUACAACACCCGAUUCCGCGACGGCUACCUCCCGAUCGCACAGAUGCUAGCGAAACACGGAGCCAUCUUCAACUUCACGUGCAUGGAGAUGAAGGAUUCGCAGCAACCUCAUCACGCGAAUUGCUCGCCAGAGGGACUGGUGCGUCAGGUGAAGAUGGCGACUAGGACGGCGAGAGUACAGCUCGCCGGGGAAAACGCGUUGGAGAGAUACGAUCGGGAUGGGUACGGACAGGUGAUGGAGACAAGUAGAUUGGAUUGCGGCAACGGGUUGGUGUCGUUCACGUAUCUGAGGAUGAACAAGAGGUUGUUCGAAGAGGAGAAUUGGAGGCAUUUCGUGGAAUUUGUGAGGAGCAUGUCGGAAGGUGGUCGGAGACAGAGACUUCCAGAUUAUGAUUCGCGCGGGACUGAUCUUUACCUUGGACACAUGGAAGGGAUUCACAAUAAGAAGAACAAGAAGCAUGUUCAAGAAGUAGCUAUGGUGUGAAUUGAAUAUUGUGAGAUCUCUGUUUUACAGGAGCAUUUUCUCUCAUACAAGGAUCUAAAAUAUGCACGUCAAGACCCCGGCAAGAUCUUCGGCAUAUUUCAUUUCUUCAGUUCUUGUAUACAUAUACAAUUACAGGAGAAUUAGUCUAAGCUCUCACACAGAAUCUUAAAUUACUUUAGCUGUCAAUUUACUAGAAGACUUUGGUGCAUGGCAGUUAAGCCCCGACCGGCGGUGGGAUUCCGGUGAUACCGUUAUACCUUGAUUUAACUACCCUAACGGUGAGAGGUUUAACGAACCAAAACUUUCACAAUUUGGGCCUUCAAAAUCUUGGGGGCCCAUCUAAUUAUUAAGAAGACCGGUUAGACGAGCUAGCCCUCGAAACUUGGCCCAAAAGAA